UACAGCCAGCCAAGCAAUCAAUCCAAGCAGCACAAGGGGAUUUGUAGAAGCGACGUUUGGAGCAAACUUCAAUCUCAAUGGAGUGAAAUCUAUAUUAAAAUAGAUAGGAUGCUAUUUGAAAAUGUUCUAUAGAAAGAAAAAGGAAUUAAAUAAAACUUCAGUUUCAAAGAAGAGUCUUGGGGGAAACUUUGGGUCACACAACUCAUCACUAUCUGUCCUCCAGGAACAACCCACUAGAGAUGGUGGCUUGGAUGUCCCCCUCCCUUUCCCUGCAUCCCUCCAGGACCCCCAGGCUCCUCCCUGCCCCACUACCACCUGUCUGCUGCACCCCAGGCUGGCCACGGCCGCCAGCCCUCCCCCUGUCCUUGGAGCCUGCCUUAGACGGCCCACAGCCCUGAGUCGACAUGCCAGUGCGGCUGGCUUCCCCCUACAGGCGGCUGGAGCCUGGGCCUUCAGUAAGACCCAGGGGAAAGGAGCGAGCCUUACCUCCAGCCCCACCACAGAGGCCUCGGAGGUGGGCAUCGAAGUGGAGGACAUCCCCGCUUUGCUCCGGGACGUGGCUUGCUUCGCUGAGGCUGUGGAGAAACUGAAAGAAAUGGUGCUGGGGGAAGACAGGCAGAUAGAUAACCUCUCAGACAGGCAGCUGGACCGUCGUGACCUGGCCCAGGAGUGUUUGGGAGAGGUGUUGCGUGUGUUGAGGCAGGUGAUCGGUGCCUACCCCCUCCUCAACACUGUAGAGACCCUCACUGCUGCCGGAACACUCAUCUCCAAGGUCAAAGGGUUUAGUUACAAGGACAGCAGUGACAUGGGUAAGCAGGACUUUGAGAAAGCCAUCGAGACCAUGGCUGUGGCUUUCAGUAGCAGUGUGUCGGAACUUCUGAUGGGAGAAGUGGACAGCAGCACCCUCCUGUCUCUACCGCUAACAGAGAGGAGCAGGUCUAUGGAGAACCUGUAUGGCUUAGACUCAGCCCAGGCCAAAGACUGUCAAGGGAGGAGUGACCAGCAGGACUGCUGCAAACUCUCCUCUCUUUCUCUCUCUUGCUCUCAGCCCCAGAUGCCAUUCUUCCAUCUACUCUCUGGCUCUGGAGCAGACUUGGAGCAGAGUGUGGGAGUGCAGCAAACCACUGGCUCCAUACACACUGUUCUACAGCCUCUGAUGCAGUGUAAACAGGAGCAUGAGAGGAGACGCAGAGAGCUCGGGGAGCAGUGGCAGAGGGCCCAGAGGAAACAGACUGAUGCUGAGAGUAGCAUGCGUAAAGCUCGAGGCUCGUACGUGAUUCGCUGUGAGGAAUAUGACAAGGCCAGGGGUCGGGCAGAGGAGGAGCUACAAGGGGGAGCAGGCGGGCUUAAAGCUCUGGACCGGAAGAAGCGAUUGGAGGAGGAGGCCAGAACCAAGGCUGAAGAGGCAGAGGCUGUGUAUCGUGCAUGUAUAUCCGAGGCGGAGGCGCGGCACCAGGAGAGAGAGCAGACUAAGGGCAGCACUCUCAGACAGAUCCAUGAUGUCAUCAGACACACAGACCACACCCUCAGAUCUUGCACAGUGUCGUACUAUCAGCUGCUGCACAUGCAGACAGCAGCGCUGCCAGUCCACUACCAGACUCUGUGUGAGAGCACCAAGCUCUACGAGCCGGGACAACAGUACGCCGCUCACGCAAGACAUCUACACAAGAGCCCAGAGGAUGCCAGACAUCUCUACACGAGCACAGAGGAUGCCAGACAUCUGUCGAACCCAGAGCCUGAAGCUCACUACCACUUCGAGCCCUACUCAUCAAACCAUCUGUCUGGACGCACCCGCCACAACAGCUCUAACACGGAUGUACCAAUCAGCACGGAGACCACACCUCCCACGGACGCACCAAUCAGCACGGAGACCACACCUACCACAGACGAGGAGGGUGGUGCUGAGGAUGGAGUCACACAGAGAUGUGGGCAAGGUCAGCAAUCACACAAGUCCUGGCCGUCAACGAUGAAGGACUCGGACUGUCUUGGAGGAGUCUAUGGUCUGGAGUCCUCCAGCACUGUGUGUGUUUCAGGGCACGUACCUAAAGCCAAUGAAGAACUGGAGGAACAUGAUGGAAACGUCACCUCGUUUGAACAGGAGCCAGAGAUGGCCGUUCCCACUGGUCCCUUCCGGAAUGUGGGAAUGUCCAAGGCAGCAAAGACCCACAGACUCCGCAAGCUCCGCACACCUGCCAAAUGCAGAGAGUGUAACAGCUAUGUGUACUUCCAGGGUGCAGAGUGUGAGGAGUGUUAUCUGGCAUGCCAUAGGCGUUGCUUGGAGAGCCUGGCUAUCCAGUGUGGCCAUAAGAAGCUACAAGGUCGCCUGUCGCUGUUUGGCAGGGACUUCACGCAGGGGCUGGGAGACCCCGAUGGUGUGCCUCUGGUCAUCAGGAAGUGCAUCACAGAGAUAGAGAGCAGGGCUCUUAGGAUGAAGGGUAUCUAUCGUGUGAAUGGGGUGAAGACUCGUGUGGAGAAGCUGUGCCAGGCCUUUGAGAAUGGGAAAGAGCUGGUGGAACUGUCCCAAGCCUUUCCUCAUGAUAUCAGCAACAUGCUCAAACUUUACCUCAGACAGCUGCCAGAGCCUAUCUUUCCCUUCCAUCUCUAUCCAUCUCUGAUGGGGCUGGCCAAGGAGAGCCUGCGUUCUGCGUCUCCUAGCCCAGAUGGAGGUGAGGUGGCUGGGGCAGCAGUGCUGGCAGACCUGGGGGCUGAGACUCCUCUGGAGGUCCUGACUCUGGUCCACAGCCUGAGGGAGCUAAUGCUAACGGAGCUGCCGCAGGCUAAUACAGCCACACUGCGCUAUAUUGCACAGCAUCUGUGCAGGGUGUCUGAGUGUGAGCAGGAGAACAAGAUGAGUCCCAGUAACCUUGGCAUUGUGUUUGGCCCCACCCUGAUGCGUCCCCGUCCCUCUGGGGCCACCGUGGCCCUGUCCUCCCUGGUAGACUACCCCCACCAGGCCCGCAUCGUAGAGACUCUCAUAGUCUUCUACAGCACCCUCUUCCAUGACGGCUCCCCAGUUUCCCCCUUAGCCCUAAGCCAGAGCCAGGACGGUGGGGGGGAGGAGGGGAGAGACAAGACAGAAUCACAACACGACGGGGGUGAGACGCCAGACAACCACACUGAGAGACCAGUGGAAUCAGACUGAGGAGGAACCCUCAGCCGCAGCACCCACUGAUCCUCUCUGGACCUGAACUCUUCAACAAAGAACUUCUGGAAAAAAUGGAAUUCAGUUUUUCAAAUGAAAAAGUACUUUAGUGAAUUCUACAAAUUGGAAUUCAUUUGGGAAAUUGUAGUUGAAAUGAAAGUGGUGCCAACUUACUGUUUAUAUGCGUUGACUACUGAUGAAAACGUUAGUACACUGAGUGGAUAGCAGAAUAUCAUAUUGCUGUUGUGUGAACGUGUUAAUUUCAUUGCAUGACUUGAGGUAUGAUUUUCUAAACCAGUUUUGCCAAAAUGCUGCACAAAGCUAUUUGUAUUGUUUUAAUUACCUGGUGCGUUACCAGGAAGGAAUGUGAGAUUCAGUGUUGUUGUGCCUGCAGUUUCCUCUUUCUGUAUACCCCUUGUAUGGUGUAUUCAUAUGGUAUGUCUAUACUCCAGCCUACCAUCUGCCUGUGUACUCACGCCACUGCAUCAGCACUGCUGCUGGUUGGUGUGCUAGUCAUUGAGAGAUGAUAUGUUUAUAUUGUUACAGUUCUAACAUGAUUUGUUGUAUAUCCUCGGUGACAUAAAAUUCAACAGUCAAGCGCUA